AUGCGUAUCGACAAAGCCACCAAGAAUCUAGACACGGUAUUUGCCAUCGUCCCUGAUUCCAUCGUCCACAAACCCGAUAUCAACUACGUUCUCUACAAACAGCGCCAAACCGAAACCUCGUCUGUCCCUGAAGACUUGCAGCUGGCGUGGUACUGUAAGAAUUUCGGCGAGAUGGCCCGACAAGGAUUUGUUGCAAAACAAACCGAUCAAGAUAUGAACAUCGCCCGCGGCAUCUGGUUUUACGGCCUGGAUCCAGAGCACAGCUUCUCGCGUCACCAUACGGUCACUCGGUAUAACCUCAUAGCUAUGGCUUGGGUCAUGGCCAACGACUUUCCUCCCGAUGUUUGUACUCCCGAAACUCAACAGUUCAUCCUCGCCUUUGUGCGGGCGUGGCUUAGCGCCUGCGACGACAGAGUUAGCUUGAAGGAUAGAGACUUCCGUGCACAAGAGAGGUUCUUGGAGCUCUGGAAAGAGGAGGACUCGUUUGAUUUCCUACAGUUUUCACCGAGCGAGGAGAAGAGGGCGAAAAAGCUCGUGAAAAAAGUGGCAAAACAGCCGUUUCCUCCAGAGUUGGAGACUAAGAUGACAAUCUUACCACCCAAGUGUAUCCCUGGUCUGUGCCGUCGUGGCAUCAUCUCUGACGAUGAGGUCAAGAUGUAUGGCCCCUCCAUCGUUCUUGAGUACGUAGACUCUAUGUCUCUCAAGGACGACAACGACCGCACUCAACGCAGUUCCAAGGAAUUGAGGGAGCAAAUCCUGGCAGAUAAGCUUGGAAAGAUGACGAUUGGACACGGACUGGAUCCGCGUCGCAACAUUCCAUGGUCGUCCGACAUGCUGCAAUCACUUCUCGCUGCCGUACCCGAGGACUUGAUUCACCCCAAACAGAUACAAAAGAUGCAGGUUAAGGCCAGAGGUGGGUACAGGCCAUGGAUUGACACGGAUACUUGGCAUGCCAUCAUGGUGUCUGGUAUGCAGGCCGUGGAACAGCAGUUUGAUGACGUCUGUGAUAUGCUGGGCGAGCAGACCUUGAGCGAAUGA